GUGCGGGAAAUUAACGUUAACUCAUCCGCCCCUUCCUCAACGGAUUUUUUUUCUUUACAACGGCCACUUUUCCCUUUUAUCUCCCCCCUCUCUCUCUCUGACUGUUUUUCUUCUUACUCCCCACUCGCAAGUCAUGUGACCGUAACGUAAAACCCCUAACCGGAAAACACCGUCGGACGACCCUCCGCCGCCAACGAAUGCUGCGUUUACAAGGAACCCAGUCGAAGCUGCAGCGAGCGCAGAGAGGACGGACGGAGAGCUCUCCGGUAGCAAACAAACAAGGGGCGAUACGGAGAAACUCCGGUGUUUUCAGCAGAGCGCAGGUUGAAGAAUGGAGUUGGCCAACCAUGGUCUUAUCCUGCUGCAACAGCUUAACGCUCAGAGGGAAUUUGGCUUCCUGUGCGACUGCACUGUGGCUAUCGGAGAUGUCUUCUUCAAAGCCCACAAAGCGGUCCUCGCUGCCUUCUCCAACUACUUCAGGAUGCUUUUCAUUCACCAGGACAGCGACUGUGUGCGUCUGAAGGCUGCUGACAUCCAGCCAGAUAUCUUCAGCUAUCUCCUCAACCUGAUGUACACUGGCAAGCUGGCCCCCCAGCUGAUAGACCCGGCCCGUCUGGAGCAGGGGGUCAGAUUCCUCCACGCAUAUCCGCUCCUGCAGGAAGCCAGCCAAUCGGCAUACUCCCACCCCGAGCACAACCUCAACCUCUCCACCUCCCUCUAUGGCAUCCAGAUAUCCGACCAGCAGGUGGCACUAUCAGCCAGGGUACCGUCCCGUCGACAGCUCUCCUCCCCCUUUGAAUUGGAGCAGCUGAACUCUGAGAGUAAAGUUUCAACACCUUCUGCAGCAUCAUUCACAAAUGCCCUGCUGUCCAAGCAAGCGUCCUCGCCCCCUGAUGUAGAGGCCUCAACCAGCAGCAUGAAGGCUUCUGCUGAGGAGGGUGGGAUGGACUUGCUAUGCACAGAUGGUUCGUCCGCCACUGCAAUACUUAACGUGAAGCCGAGCAUAAUGAAGAGGAGCUCCUCCUUCAGGAAGUAUUACUCAUGCCACCUCUGCAAGAGCAGAUUUACCCAGAGAAGCCUCCUGAGGGAACAUCUCCUGUGGCACUCGCAGGCCCUUCAGCACCCGGCGGCUGAGCCCAGCAAGCCGGCGUCCCCGGCUGUGAUCAGAGAGAACAGUGUGUUAGCAGAGGGGCUUCCCAAAGGAAACAAGGCCACCGCCGUAGAGAUCAUCAGCGACAGCGAACAAACUCCUGUUUCAGGCACCAACUCUGACUCUCCCCAAGCUGAGGUGUCCACCUCCACGUGGGGGGUGGGAGGGUUAAACUCUCAGGCGGACACGCCCCCUCCGUCGGACAUCGCAGACAUCGACAACCUGGAGAAUGCCGACCUGGACCGCGAAGUGAAGCGCAGGAAGUACGAGUGCUCCACUUGUGGCCGCAAGUUCAUCCAGAAGAGCCACUGGCGCGAGCACAUGUACAUCCACACAGGGAAGCCCUUCAAAUGCAGCGCCUGUGGGAAGAGCUUCUGCCGCGCCAACCAGGCCGCCCGCCACGUCUGCCUCAACCAGGGCGCUGACUCCUACACCAUGGUGGACCGACAGAGCAUGGAGCUAUGCUCUGCCGGGGAAGACAGCAACCAGAUGGAGGCCAUGUUCUCAGGCUCCUCGAAGCCUUACAAAUGUAACAUUUGUGCUACGACCUUUUCCAGCCCUGCUGAGGUGAUCAAACACCUGUGCUUCUCUCAAGGGGGACUAGCUGGGCUGACGGGAAACACAGCUGCAGGUGUGCUGCUGCAGCAAGAAGAUGUCUCCAAAGAUGAAGGCUCUGAUUUGUCCAACUCUGGCACCCCGCCCGAACCCAUAAAGACUGAGGAAAUCCUCGUAGAAUAGCAUCAGAACUGUUUUCGUUUCUUUUUUAACACGUUUGCCAUCUAAAUCCUGGUUGAAAAUAGGCAAGCUAAAGGAAAAGUAUGUCAGGGUAUGUUUGUUAGAUAUUAUUCUUUACCUUUUUUAUGAUAAAGUGCUUUAAAUGUUUAGAUCCUAAGAGUACUAAUUAUAAGCCUCUCUCUUUAUACAAUCAUUAAAAGUUAAAUACAGAAUUUCGUUGAUGAAUUUCGGUCAAACAACGAUCAAGUACAAGGACUUUUUAUACGGGCACAAACUCUGCAUGCAACUGUGUGCUUUUUAACAUAGAAAGAGGAAGCUGAGGUUGCGUAGAGUGUCGGUAGACAUUGACAGUUGCAAAAUGUUGAUUUUUCCACGUUGGCAGGAGGCUAGACAUAAACUGGCAGCUGAAAUCAAAGAACAGAGACAUUAUGCGGUUUCUUUCCCUCCCUCUCUGAUUUUAAAGUCAACUCUUAAUAUGCAUCAGCAUGUAUCCGUCUUCCGUCCUCAGACGUAGGCAGGACAGAAUAAAUAAGUUUAUGUGACGUAACGACCACUUCCAGCAUCCCUGUAUGUGUCUGACUGCUCCCUGGGGUUUACUGCUCAAUAGCCCAACAUGUCAAUUUGUUUGUUUUCCUCAUAUUUACCUGCCCUGGUGUGGAUUAUGUAAUAACUUUUUGGUUACUAACACUGAAGCAGCAUGUCCCACCCACAUGUGCAAACCCUUAACCUAAAGGCUGUAGGAUAUUGUAAGUCAUGUUUUCUGUUGUUUUGUUUAUUUUAAUAUAACAUUCUUUAAAGUUAUUUCUAGAUCACCUUCCAAGUUUGACAUGUUUUUCUAAUUUUAUACACAGUGCUAUAUAUUCAUAAAAAGACGAUACAUUUCAAGGCGUAAGAUGAUUGAUAGACUGAUAGCUUUUGGACUAGAUGUCCAUUUGGUUUUGCCAAUCUUAACGUGAAGGAUAUGAAUAAAUGUGCUGACUUGUUAUAGCAAAAGUCAUUGUAAAACUGAACUUAAGAAUUCUUUUGUUAAAAGGGAAACUUUUUUUUUAUUUUAUUGUAUUUGUAUGUCCCUACUUAUAUACAUUAAUAAAUAAGGAAUUAGAAGGUUGUAACUUUUAGAAAAAAAAUCUCAUAAAAUCCUGAUAUUCUCAGCUGUUUGGACAGGCAGUAAAUAAUCCAAGAAUGAGAUCUGCUCAUGUUUUUUUUUUUAAGAAUAUAUCAUGUUUUUGAUUUAUCUUCAAUAUCUGUUCUUAUAAAAAAAGCUACUGGUGACAGGAAUCUAGGAUUUUAUACAGGUUGGUAAACAAGAGGCUCAGAUUAAUAUAUUGGGUUUUAUUUAAAACACAAAAAUAUUAAUUGCAGAUAAUAUAAGCUGCCGAAAAGUGUUUUUUUUUCUUCCUAAGGUAUAAAUUCCUGCAAAUUCAGAUAUUUAAUCUAAUAGCUAAAUAUCCAAUGAGCUUCCGAAUUCAUAACUCAAUCAUUAGUCAGUUUUUCUUGAUGUGAAUUGAAUAUCUGGUAUUGAUGAAAUGUUUUUGUUUUUUUAUUUAUCAAGUGUUAAAUGCAUUACCCAGACAUGAUUUAUAAACAGGAAAUGUUUUUCAAAGUCUUUAUAAUUGUCCUGCUUAACAUGUUUAAUCAUGAUACUUAAAGUGACCAUUCUCACUGUAUUAGGUUAAGUCAUGUUUUUCCCUUUUUAAUGUAAAAAAAAACCAGAAGCUGUAAUGUCCUUGCUCCUGUUGAAACUUCAAGUUUUUAUGCAGUUCACUCAGUCUGUCGCUAGAUGGCGCUGUGUUGCUUUUAGUAUCAAUCUGUUUAAAAGAUGCUGUUACAGCUCCAUGGAUCAAAGUCAUUGCAAUAAAAUAACAAAUCCGUAUAGAUAUACACAGCUGCAGAUUCUCAUUAGGAGCAGACUAUCAAAGAUCUUUCUCUUCAAACAGACACACAAAUUUUAAAAUACCCCAUCCCUUAAUGUUUCAGACAAACUUUAGAAAUGCACACAUUUUGAAAAUGACUGUACCCAGCCUGCUUCUAAACAGCCAAACGUCUCAGGAGACUGAGAAGUUUGACCUCACUGUCAGCUGUUCUCUGAACACUUUGGGACUUUUAAAGAAAGUAUGCAAUGUAAACCUCUUUCCUGAUGCCCAUUUGACUUCUACUGUGACAGAUCUGUGUUCUCAGGAAUGUAUUUUUAUCUAUUUGAAUUUUUUUUUUUUUUGUU